UAACUAAUAAAAAAAAAAAGUAAUUGACUAAAGCUACAUAGAAAUCUGGCUUAUAUAAGUAAUGAACUUGAUUAAAGAUCGUUGAGAAAUUUACACGAAAUAGUCAUAAAUUUUCGAAAAACUUUAUCUAACAAUUAGUUUAUUGAAAAUGUAAUGAAGUACGAAAAAUGUUGAAUUCUUUCUCUUCUUUGAGUGCAAUUUUUAAACCACCUGUUGUCCCUGUAUUGCUUCCCAUAAAAACCUCUUACCAAACAUUUUAUAACAAAUUAAAUAGAACUGCCAGAAACAAAAACAAAAUUGUAUGUACUUAAUUUGUUUGGUCUAAACAAGUUCUGGUUAAUCGACAAGUGAGAUAAGAAAUUUCCUGAUACUCGAACGGCACCACCUAAGCUGAUAAGAGCUUUGCCAGUAUGAGGACAACUGGGCCAGCAAUUAGUUCGUUUAACAUGGAAAAUGGUAACCAACAAUCGGUAUAUACGGAUUUCUCACCAGCCCAGACCUAUCAGCCAACUGAGGGGCAGCCAAAUGUGGUGAUAGUGAACCAACCAGUGAAUAAGGGAAACUAUGGUUCCCAAUCGAAGCGUGUUCAGUGUCCAUCCUGUCAUGGCUUUGUAAUGACCAAUCUAAUGACCAAACCCACCAAGGGAACGCAUUUAAUUGCUGGCCUAUUAUGUGUUUGCUGUUUGUGGCCUUGUGCUGGUCUGCCAUAUUGUAUUAACUGCUGUAAGAAUGUUCAUCAUUAUUGCCCAAAUUGUGGUUGCUAUAUGGGAUCAUAUAAUUUUCUAAAUUGACAAAAAAAUGAAUCAUAGUUUUUAGCUAGAAAGUCAAUUUAGAUUUAUAGAUAAUCUCAAUUUUAAAUUGAACAGCAAAAGUAAAGUGGGUAAAUGCAUUAUCAAAAAAAAAAUGGGAACUAAAUUUAAUCUAGGUGGAGUUCUAUAAA